CAGGGAGUCUGAAUAGAAAGUCCUUUAAUCAGUAAAGAAGGAAACUGGAAAGAGACAACAAGAUUUAGUAAAGCCAGUAAACACAGAAACAACAUAAGCGAUGACUGAAGAAAGACAGGUAUCCAACAGCAGCUCUGUGAUUCACUCUAUGCUGAACAGACUGAAGUCUUCGGAGAGGCUCCAAGGUUCAUCUCAUGUCACAGCGCAACCCUGUAGAUACUCAAAGGAGACAAACCAGGGUAACAGUGUAGUUAUUACAGAGUCAGACAAACCGGAGUGGAAUUUUGCAGAGUCAUAUGUUUCAGAAUGCUCAGUCAAACCCGAAAGACAGCAUGAUACUGAUGUAGAUUCAGAAUAUUUCACCCAAAGGACCGGAUUUCAAGACAUUCAAGAAUCCAAUCCAACUAUGAACAUAUUUCUCAAAAGCAGACCACCUUCUAAUUUGAUGCACAAAUUAAUAAUAGAUACCAGGCAAGAUUUACAGCCAAGUGAGAAUAAUCACUUGUGGGAAAAAGUGAAAGAAGAGCAAACAUCACAAGCUGAGUCCCCAUUCAGCAUUAUGAAGGCCCCUUGUGGCCCAUUUAUUUAUGACCAAACAGGAUCAUCGCUGUCAAAAUCAGAACCCAGGUUCGUGGAAGGAACAAGUGAAAUAAAGACGCAACCUCGCCAGACUGAGAACACAGUUAUGUCUGUGGAGAAAGCAGAGCCUCCACCACUCCCUUCUAAACAGCGGAAUAUCAACAGGAUGCCUGUUCAAUUACAAAGGACUUUAACAUUUAAUGAUUUCAAAUUUGACCUCGGGUCCAUGGACUUGCUGGAGGAGAUUUGUAUAGGGGAAGAAUGGGCAAAAUUCCUGCCUGUUAAAGAUUCCCCACUUGAAACAGAUGCCAAAGACUACUCACAGACAGAGGAUUCUCAUGAUUCAGACGAUGAUAUCGGAUCUCAGAAUGCAGUCAUGAAGUCGGAAGCAGGAGACAGAGAGCAGUCAGAGAUCACUCCUAGUCCAGCCAGUAUUACUGACAGUCAGGUGGACAGGGUAAUCCAGGUCAGAGAUGAAACAUCAGAUUCACCCAUUUCUGCUCUUCCCAAAACACCAAUAAGACAUGUUACAGGACCACAAAGGAUAUCUGACCAGCCAAAAUAUGAACCAUUUAAAGAUGAUGAAAAUGACCUUGUGGUAACAUAUGUCUAUGAUAAAAACUGCCUGAUGAAGGACAUGCCACUUGAUUUGUCUGUUGUCAAGUCUUCAGGAGUACUUGAUAAUUCUGCUCUGAAGAGUCGAAUCCAAUUGAGCUAAAAAAGAAAACAUCGACCACCAGGAAAGAGAAAAAAGGGUGACAAACUCAGAACUAUAAAUUAGUAGAUGUGAUAUGCAUCAAUGUGUGUGUGUGUGUGUGUGUGUGUGUGUGUGACUAGAGCUUGGCAUAAUUGAACACUCUAAUGAAUUUCUUUCUCUGCAGAGUCUUUUCAAUCCCCUCCUUCUUUACAUGCUUCUUUCUUUGCCUCCUGCAAAUUUUACACUUUACCAUGUUCAGAAUACAGUGAUUCCCUGACAAAUGAUUAUUCCCAAAUAGCUGUACGUGGUAAUGAGAAGGUACUUCUCCAAAGGAUAUCAGAAACGGCAGAAUUUAACAGCAAUGAAAAUGACAGUGCAGAAGGGUUUGUGCUUUAUAAAAAUAAUCAGCUAUCAAACAAAGCAAAGUUGAUGGAUGAGCCCCUUGAUUUUUCUGCUGUCAGGUCUUUAGGUGUGCUAGAUAACUCUGCUCUGAAGGAUCGAAUCCAGUUGAGCAAAAAAAGAAAACAUCGACCACCGUCGAGAAAAAAUAUCAAAAUUAAGUUCCCCAUUCUAAACAUUAUUCGCCAACGCAAUACUACUACAGAGUCUUUUCAGCCUUGCCCUUCUUCAUAUGCUUCUGUCUUCACCUCCUCUGCACUUCAUAAUGAUUCCAGCAAUUCCCAAUCACCUAUUCCUGGUAAUGAGAAGCCAAAGACAAAGAACAAACUCUUGAAACCCAAGCUAUGGAAGAUAAAGAGGUAAUUCAGAGAAUGUAACAGGAACCAGACUCAAGCAGGUCCUCCCAUACAGUACAUGUGACCUGGAAAGGAACUGAAACCUACAGCUAUAUAAAUACUGUGAAUAUAUCUAUAUAUAUUUUUUAUAAGCUGCUUAUGAAUAAACUAAAUUAGUGAACUAUUUUGGCCAAAAUGUAGUUGCAUAGCUAAGAAAUAGCUGGUGUAUGAAGAGGGUAGGCUAAUAAUUGGCCGCUUGUUAGCUGCUAACAAUUAAGUUAAGUUUACAGAAUAGCUACUUGCUUAGUUGCAUUUAUAUAAAUGAUCACACACUUGGCUGAUUUGGCUCAGUAAGUCAUUUAAACAUAAAGAAUUUUAAAAAAUGCGGAAUAAGUAAAACAAAUCUAUUAAAAAAUCAGCUUUAGCUUAUUUUAAUGCAAAUGCUAUCAGACUUUUAGAACAUUGCAAAAAUGUUAUAUUACAUAAAUCAACUCUUCUGUUAACAAACAUUGUUUGUCUGGCCGUUGCAUGCAUCAGUGCUGAUGUGCUGAUUUUCAUCUGGUUUAUCCUUUUAAUUUUGACUGAAAUUAAAUCCACAAUUAAGAAGGCAUUUUCUUCAUAACAAUCCCCGCUAAUAUUUAAUUCUGGCUUCAACCUCUGUGCGACAUGACUGAGACUGUUUUAUGUCUUUUGUAAACUUCCAUUUUAUUUGUAUAGCAAUUUUGAUGAGACAGUGUCACAAAGUAUUUUCAGAAAUCCAGAUAUACAAGAUUAUGAUCCAUAAUUAAAAAACUGAGGUGACAAUGACAAGGAAAAUUCCUGAGACUUCAUGAGGAAGUAACCUAGAGAGGAACUAGACUCUAGUUUGUGUGACACUGGAUAAUAUAUGAGAAAGUAUUCAUUACAGUAUACAGUUGUAGAAGAGUUCUUACAUACACUUCUCCAUAUUUAAACAAAACAGAAACUACAAAGAGAUACUGGACUACUGGAACUGGCUUCAAGAAAGUGUGUAGUUAUUGUAUUUAUGCAUGCAUGUUGCACAAGUCCAAACUAUCACCAAUAUGUCAUGGUCAUUAACUACUUUUGUGGUAAAGAGGAUAUUGUGUAAGCUCC